AUGACGAACACCCAGCAACGCCCUAUAACACCACCUCCUGAAUAUGGGGCCUCACUUAGUCCGCCAACACUUGAAGAAAUUAAUUUCUCCCACGUAUUCAUUGACGUAAAAUCAAGCGAGAAUAAUGUUCUCCCACUAACAGAAGCAGUUAUUGCUACUACGGAAACAGGAAAAUCAAAUGGCGAUAAUAAUAGUAGAUACACAGAUUAUGUCUCGCCAUGGGUUCUCACAAGUGUUUAUUCAGUUCUUAUUGUCAAUGCUGUAUUAAUGUCAGCCGUAAUGAUAAUAUUAAUUUUACUGGUUAAAGACGCCCAAACAAAAGGGCGUCCAGCUCUAAUUGCCUGGUGUAUAAUAGAGGCCGCAUUACGUCUAUUGGCCGUAUGUAUUACAGCUAGAAACUAUUCGGCAACAUUUACUAUAAUCAAUUCGCUGGGAAUAUUUUUAGGAAAAGAAUAUUACCUCACUUUGGUCAAUUCAAUAUGGCCUGACUCUGAUCCAUUUGAUGCGACUGUAGAUCGGCCGGGGAUUAGGAUCGAUCUCGUAUGGUUAAAGCAAGGUUUCUAUUAUGUACUUUAUAGUCUCAUAAUUGGCAUUGAGCUUUGGAUUGUAACCUGGAAAGAUGUAGUCAACGAUGAAGACAAUUACGCCGAGCUGUUAGCUACAACCGGUCUCGUUGCAUGUCUGAUUAAUAUUAUCAGUUAUCUUGUUGGUAUCGCAAGCAUGGCAUGGUUGUAUCGCCCGACAGACGAUUAA